AUGGCACAGAAUGGGCGACUCCAUCUCACUGCCCUCUGCGCAUUGACAUCCUUCAUUUGGAUCUCUUACAACUUUGAGCAUCACACGUUGAACCAACGCCCACGCUACGCGCUUGCCAUUGUACUCCUUCUAUCGGCCGGUCUCACAUGGCUCGUCAGCUACUCAUCAAAAUGGCUUCCCGGCUCCGACGCCAGAUUCGAUGAGAAAACCCCUGGUCAGACUUCGGCGCUCUCCAGUAGCGAGCACGCGCCCCUGAGCCUGCCCCGACGACCGCGUCGUUACUUCAUCCCCAUCAUCGUGUUCUGCAUCAUCAUUCGAAUCGAGCUCUUCCACCAGACUGCCGCCAAGAUCCAAUGCUCCGUACCUGGCAUUGAGGCUUUCUUCUGCACCCUCGUGGUCGUAUACGAUGUGUUUUUCGGUCGCAAGUCGCAGUCUGACGUACUGCCGUGGCCCACUGACCCUUGGGUCACAGUCGCCGACGAGCUCCAGCAGUGGUUCAAGACGACACGGCUGACCCUGGUCGCAAGCGUCGUCUUGUUCAAUCUAGGCGCAUACCUAGCUGCCGCUGACAAGGUUCACUCGACGUACUUUUGCUCGACACUCUUCGACAACCGAUUCUGGAUCGUUUCUAUGCAGGUGAUCGGCCUUGUUCUUGAUGGUGUUAUUGCUGUCCUCCUUUGGCGAGUCCUCGUAUUUACCAAAUCCACGAGGGCUCGCCUUCGAACCCUCAGUGGUAUUCAGUUGACCGUGGGGGCCUUCGACUGGACCAUGCAUAUCCUCUUGACUCUCCGCCCCACCGUCCAGCCCACUGGUGUCAACGGUCUGGGCUGGCUGUACUUGUUCGACUUGAUCAACGACAGCUUCACCUUCUGUCUUCUCGUUGUUUCUCUGAGCCUGCUGGUCACCGAGUCCGGUCCCGUCAAGCCUUUUGGUAUUCUUACGUUCACCUCCAGCCUCCUGACCUCUUACCAGGCGUUGUCUUCCGUGGGGGAUGCGUACGGCGGCGCAAAGAUCGCAACCCUUGGACCUUUCAUCCUGACUGCGACCGGCUUCGGUCUCUUCAUGUACACGGCCAACCUGCGCUCCGUCCUCUUUGUCAGGCGCGCGUUCCUACUUUUCGUCCUGACAGCUGCCAUCAUUGGAUCGACCGUCUACGUCAUUCUGACGAAUCAGGUCCUCAACAAACAUCCUCUCGACACGUUUAUAUACGACGCUCGCACCGAAGCAGACCGCUGGUUGACCCAUGCAUCCGUGAGUAGGAGUUUGAAAGUGGCUGUUCAGGAAUACCAGGCACGGCAUGAUGGCAGAGACCCCCCUCCGAAUUUUGAUAAGUGGUAUGAGUUUGCGAUAGCAAAGAGCUCCGUCAUUGUGGACCAUUUCCAGCAAAUUGAGAAUGACGUGGCCCCCUUCUGGUCCCUGAAGCCAAACAGCAUUCGAAAGUCGACGUUAGACCUCGCCGCCAACGAGGCCGAGCUUGCUCUCGUCCAGGUCGCUAACAAGAAAGUGACGCACAACUACAAGGCCGAGGACGAGCACCGCCAGGCCUUAGAUGACCUCGUCCAGAUGAUUGGAACUUUUUCCGAGUAUUUGUCCGAUAUGGAUCUGCCCAUCAACUUGAGUGGCGAGCCGCGUGUGCUUACGCCUUGGUCGGAUCUUGGGCAGCAUCCGCGACAGGCGCUAGACGGGAAGUAUCAUAUGAACACCAGGCGCUCGGAAGAGGCGAAAGAUUCUACAACGGCCGGACAGACCCCUGACGUGCCUGGUAGCAAGCCAGUACACCAGGCUUUCCUGUCACCGUCAUUGUUCCGCGAGAUGGAAGCUCAGAUUUGUCCCGCUGGAUCCAGUGGGAGAACUCUUCGGCACUGGAAUGUGCGGGACCUCUGCGUCUCAUGCGUGAGCGGUCACUCGGAGGACCACUUCCUGAAGAAGUGGGAAGCCUCUCUGGAACGCUGCUCUCAACCAGACCUGUCGAGGCUUCAUGCCUUCCACAUGACCAACAAGAAAAUGGCGCCACACCAAACGUUGGUGCCUGUCUUUGGCAGCUUCAAGGCAGAUGGGUUCAAUGACAUCUUGAUACCCAUGACGAGCAAGACGGACUCCGAGGCGGAUUCGAACCGGGACUUCAAGACGCGUAUCGACAAGCUUCACUGGCGGGGCGAACUCGGCGAACAAGUCAUCAGUCACGACAUGCUGCACGGCAAUCACCGGCACAGGCUUCUCCACCAGGUCAACAAUGCCACAAAGGGCGACGAGGUCACGAUGUUGCUUCCGACGCCGAGCGACCCGAAGAGGUUCAGUCACGAAAGAGUGCAUGCGCAAGAGGCCAAUGCGGCACUUCCGUUCGAUGUUGGCGUGUCGUCGUACCCGUCGUGCGAGGAUGCCGGGGAGCGUGCCGGUGCUUUCGUCGAUAUUCCGGACGUGGUAUACAGAGCGGCUAUUGCCCUGGGUGCACUUUGUGCCGGUGGACAUUCGGUUCCAGGCGCUACACAGCACGCUCGCCUACUUUACGGGUCUGGAGGGCCGUGUACCGGUCAAUGGGCGAGAAAUUAA